AUGGUUUCUCGUCGACAGAUUCAACUUUACAACUUGAAAUAUCGCCAAAAACUUCAACAUCGACGAGCAAUAUCAAAAUCGUUUGACCUUCACUUUAAAGCCAAACAAAACGCAAGACAAAGAAAGUGUCGGCAACGGAAAAAAGAAGCUCAGAAGAAUGUAGCAAUAGUUCCUAUAUCUUCAUCAACCAAAAUUGAUUCUCGAAAGGUCGAAGGAGCUAAACGUCGUCGAGCCAAUGCCAGAAAAUCGAAAAAUGAAGCUGAAAAAUUGCUGAAACAAGUUCAACAAUUACAGAAAGAGAAUCGAGCGAUAAAAAGAUUACUAUCUCAACAACGUUCAGCUGAAGUGAACGAUGUUAAUACAACAACAGCUACGUCACCAACACAUUUAUUCAUUAAUAAUAUUAGUCCAUCAUCUAAGAAACGUGCAACUAAACGAUUACUUUCGGAAAAGGAAAAUCUACCUCGUGGUUCUGUUUCAAAAUUAAGAAAACUAGGUGUAAAUUUAUCCAAUAACUAUGAUCCACCAUCUAGUACACCAUCAAUACUCCAAAAAGAGAUAGAAGACUUUUUAUGUCAAGAUGAUAUUAGUAAGCAAGCACCUGAUAAGAAAAAACAAUUACAUGGAAAACAGAUUAGAUAUCUAUUACACCAUUUAUCAACUGUUCAUCAACGAUUUGUAACCGAAACUGGUAACAGUUGUCAUUAUUCUACAUUCACACGAUAUGUUCCAGAUUUUGUGAUAAAGCCAAACGCUAAUGACUGGGGUACCUGCUUAUGUGUCACCUGUCUUAAUCCUCAAAUGAAAUUUGAAAAAUUACAAAAUUUGAAAUCUCGAUAUUCAAUUAUAAAAUCAGUACUUAUCGAUGGUUUAACAGAUAUAACAGAGCUGGUAACAGAUGAAAUUAAAACAAAAGAUUUCAAAAGUAAUUUAGCAAUACUCAAAGAUGAACAAUUCACUAUAACAUAUAGUGAAUGGAUAAAGAAGAAAAACGACGAAUCUAAUAUUUUAGUCUCAACAAAAACAACGAUCACUUCGUUUAUUGCUGAUUUUGUAAACAAAUUUACUAAUGAAAUCGAGAAUUUAACACAUCAUAUUGAUCGAAUGCGUCAACAAUUUCGAGCAGCAAAGAAUGCGAGACAAAUGGCGAUGGAAGAAGACGAUGUUGCUACUAUUCAUUUGGACUGGUCAGAGAAUUUCAAGUUGAAACAAGCACGUCAAGAUAAAGGUAAAUAA